UCACCUUUUCGAUCAUCAAUUAUUGGUGUUUUUUCGACACUCUUUCUGCAGCACGGCCUUUUCUUACAGAGAUGCAUGCCCAACUAGAAAAAUGGUUGAUCGCCGUAUAUGUGAUUGCAACAAUGUUUGUGUCAAAUUCGAGUUGCUAUAAUAAUAAUAAUAAUAAUAAUAAUAAUGCAGGUCAUGAUGAUCAAGUUAAGCCCCACCAUACUGUUCCAUGUUUCUUCAUAUUCGGGGAUUCAUUGGUAGACAACGGAAAUAAUAACAGAAUGGUGUCCAUGGCUAGAGCAGAUUACUUGCCUUAUGGCAUUGAUUUCCAAAGUGGCCCCACCGGAAGGUUUUCCAAUGGCAAAACCGUCGUAGAUGCUAUCACUGAGCUUUUAGGCCUUGAUGAUUACAUCCAACCCUUUGCAAACAGUAGCGGGCGUGACUUCCUUAGAGGCGUAAAUUAUGCCUCAGCAGCCGCAGGAAUCAGGGACGAAACUGGCCAACAAUUGGGUGCUCGCAUUAGCUUUGGGGGACAAGUAAAUAAUUAUGUAUCUACGGUUUCUGAAGUGGUACGUAUACUUGGAAGCGUAGAUGCGGCUUCAAACCAUCUCAAACAAUGCAUAUUUUCGGUCGGGAUGGGAAGCAACGACUACUUGAAUAAUUACUUCAUGCCCGAUUACUAUGACACUAAUCGCAAAUACUCCAUCAAACAGUAUGCCGAUUCUCUCAUCCAUCAAUACGCUAAGCAAAUCAGAAUAUUGUACAACUACGGAGCAAGGAAGUUUGUUUUCAAUGGGAUUGGGCAGAUUGGGUGCAGCCCGAACGCAUUGGCACUGCACAGCCAAGACGGAUUCACGUGCGUUGCUAAGAUCAACUCGGCUAAUCAAAUGUUUAACCGACGGUUAAUAUCUCUAGUUGACAACCUUAACAAGAACUUACCCGAUGCUAAAUUCACCUAUAUCAACACUUAUGGCAUUUUCCAGGACCUGAUUGACCAUCCUCAAAAAUAUGGAUUUAAGGUGACAAAUCGAGGGUGCUGUGGAGUAGGGAGAAACAAUGGCCAAAUUACAUGCCUUCCAUUUCAAACACCUUGUGUAAAUCGAAAUGAAUAUCUUUUUUGGGAUGCUUUCCAUCCAUCGGAAGCUGCGGCUAUGAUUGUUGCUUCCAGAUCUUAUAACGCUAAGUCGUCCUCCGAUGUCUACCCAUUCGAUAUUCGACGUUUGGCUCAGCUAUAUACUAAUUAUUAAAUUUCAUUUCUUACUCGAUCUCCAUCGGUCGUUAUCAUAGCAAUGCAAGGAACUUCAUCAUCAUUUUAUGAUUGCAAUGCAGGGAUAUAUAGUUAAAGUUAAGAAAUAAGAUACCAAAAUGUGAAUUAAUCCUUAGGAUCCAAAUCUAAUUGAAAGCCUAGCUACAUAAAAAUGUAUUAUUUGUUGUACGGUUAACUUUGUUUGCUAAAAUAAUAUAAAGGAUUUAUUACUAAUC